UGACUAUUGCAUUAAAGCUUAAGUAAUGAUUCUUUUCUUUUCUUUUCUUUCUUAAUAUAUUCACACACACACACACACAUACUUCACACUUAUAUAUAUGGGCAUGCCUUGCUCCUUGAUUCAUUCCAUCACUUUUCUUCCCAACACUCUUGGGUGAGGAAUUGGACACCCAGAAGAAUUGAAUGGCCAUGGAAAAUCAAAAUUUUCUAGAGUAUUGGGUUUUGCCACUACUUAUGAUGCUUUUGUUGGGUCAUUGGAUCUCUGUUCAAGCUGCCCCUUCACCCUCUCUCAUCACUCAACUCCCUGGCUUUAACGCCAAUUUCCCAUCCAAGCACUAUUCCGGGUAUAUAAGUAUUGAUGGAAAUGCUGAAAGUGGGAAGAACCUGUUCUACUACUUUGUUAGUUCAGAAAGUAGUCCAGAGAAGGACCCAGUUGUGCUAUGGCUGAAUGGUGGACCUGGGUGCUCCAGCUUUGAUGGCUUUGUUUACGAGCAUGGACCAUUCAACUUUGAGGCUGCAAAUUCAAAAGGGAAUCUACCCACUUUGCAUAUCAAUCCUUACAGCUGGUCUAAGGUUUCCAACAUUAUAUAUUUGGAUUCCCCUGCUGGUGUUGGGCUCUCUUACUCCAAGAACACAAGCAAAUAUGCCACUGGGGAUCUAGAAACUGCGUCUGAUACCCAUGUUUUCCUCUUAAAGUGGUUUCAGCAAUUUCCGGAAUUCCAGGCUAAUCCAUUUUAUAUUGCUGGAGAGUCUUAUGCCGGAGUUUAUGUGCCUACUCUUGCUUUUGAAGUUGCUAAAGGAAUCCGGAGUGGUACAAAGCCCGUGAUCAAUUUUAAGGGUUACAUGGUUGGAAAUGGUGUCACGGACGAAAUAUUUGACGGCAAUGCUCUUAUCCCAUUUGUGCACGGGAUGGGCCUCAUAUCCGACAGUAUCUAUGAGAAUUUACAAUCUUCUUGCAAAGGAAACUACUACGAUGCUUACUCUUUGGACGAAAAUGAUGUGUGUUACAAGACCAUUGAAAAAGUUGAUAGGGCCAUUGAUGGGCUUAACGUGUACAACAUACUAGAGCCAUGCUACCAUUUCCCCAAUGCUGCCACAGCCAAAGAAAAUGGAACCUUACCAAGGAGUUUCAAGCAAUUAGGAGUUACUGAGAGGCCUCUCCCAGUGAGAAAGAGAAUGUUUGGUAGAGCUUGGCCUUUUAGAGCACCAGUCAAACCUGGUCUUGUUACAUUAUGGCCCCAGUUGGCUCAAACUAGGCACGUCGCAUGUGUUAGUGAUGAAGUAGCAAGUUCAUGGCUAAACAACGUUGCAGUCAGGAAAGCCAUCCAUGCUGAAUCGGAAAAAGUGGCGGGUCCGUGGGAAUUAUGUUCGAGUAGGAUAGAGUACCAUCACAAUGCUGGAAGCAUGAUUCCUUACCACAAGAACCUAACCAGGCUUGGCUAUAGGGCACUUAUUUUCAGUGGCGACCAUGAUAUGUGUGUACCGUUUACUGGAAGUGAGGCUUGGACACGAUCUUUGGGUUACAAGAUUGUGGAUGAAUGGAGGCCAUGGAACUCAAAUAACCAAGUUGCUGGGUACUUGCAAGCGUACGAGAACAACCUCACCUUCCUCACAAUCAAGGGAGCUGGGCACACCGUGCCGGAAUAUAAGCCGCGGGAGGCGUUGGAUUUUUACAGCCGUUGGUUGGAAGGGAAGCUAAUAUAAGGAAAUGCAUCAUGUGGCGUAAAAUAAAACAUACAUGAUCGAUUAUUAAUGAAUAGAAGUUACAGCAGUGUAUUUUAGCUUUUUCGUUAGUGAUUUAUCCUUUACAUUAAAUCAUAUAUGCAUGGGAUUUCGCAAAAAGGAAACAAAAAGAAAUCAUAUGUAAGGGAUUAUUAUUAUUUAACUGUAAUUUGAUUGAUAUAUCAAUCCUUUCGAAGAGAGGAUGUUGGAAGCUUGUAAUAUGAUAAGCAUAAGCCUUUCGUUUUUGUAAGUGCGGGCCAGUCAGC